UCCCGUCCGGCGGACCACAACAUAAAACAGCCUGAAAUUUAGCUUGACGACACACAGGAGACACCAACAUAAAACUCAUGCGAGACUCUCUACCGGAUAAAUGACUUUUUCCGUUUUAUUUUUGUUUUUCUCACUGGCCAGUUUUAUCUGUUAGCGUUUGUGGCGGAGCUAACCGAAGACGGAAGUAAACUGGGGUGACUGCUCUCAGUUCGCUUCGACACUCUCCUGUUGUCUCUUCCCUGUGGGUACAGUAUGGUCGUGCUGAUAGGAAUCCCCUCUGUUUUAUCUCCUGAGCUGCUGUAUGCUCUCGCUAAAAUGGGCCACGGGGAUGAACUGGUUCUUGCUGAUGCAAAUUUCCCAGCAUCCUCCAUUUGUGCUUGUGGCCCCAAAGAGAUUAGAGCUGACGGUUUGGGAAUACCACAGCUUUUGGAGGCCAUUUUGAAACUGUUGCCCCUGGAUACCUAUGUCUCCUCUCCGGCUGCAGUCAUGGACCUGGUAGACAGUGACAAACAGAGAGCUUUAGCUGUACCUGUGUGGGACACAUACACACUACUCCUGGGUCAGGCUGGGUCUCAGGCUCCUCUCGAGAAGGUGGAAAGGUUUGCUUUCUAUGAACGAGCCAAGAAAGCCUAUGCUGUCGUAGCAACAGGGGAAACAGCUCUGUAUGGUAACUUGAUACUGAAGAAGGGGGUCAUUCCUGCUGAGCAGCUACACUGAUAAACACAUUUUAAAGUAAUUAUGAUCUAAUGAUGAUUUUUCUGUAUUUUUUACAACUCUAAUCCUUUCAAGUCAAAGUCAAGAAAAGGUGAAUGUUUCUGCACAAAAGUCAUUUUCAGUUUUGUUCAGUUUCUGUCAGAAGCUGUGAAAUCAAAACAAUUUAUUCCUGUCAAUGUAUAAUUAAUACUUUACAUGUGAUCUGGUUAAUUUCCAGCUUACAUGGAGCAGAAAUGAUUUUGUAUUUUUGUAAAUAACACCUGUGUUGUACAUGCAUUUCAAUAAAUGAAACACAAAGUCUUUGA